AUGCUGUCCCGCGCUGUCACGCUCGGCUUUCGGGCUCUCCGACCCGCCAUCCUCAAGAGCCGGCAUGGUUGGAUUCGUGCUUCGUCGCUCCCCGUUCCGCGGGCCUGCAUUGGCGCCCGGUACAUCUCUGCUACUACUGUGCCCCGCUUUGUGUCCCAUGAGGACCCCAAAGACGUCGAUAGCCCCGAUGACGCGGCGCCAGGCGAAACCGACCCUGCGGCUACGCCGGACAAUGAAAUCGAAGUGUCAGAGGAAGCGAAGGAGGAGGCGGAAGUCAAGGUCAUACCGCCGGCCAUCCAUGAACUACUCCUGGCUAUUGGACCAGACUAUAGAUAUCGUGUCCUCGAUACUACCAACUUGUUGCGGACGCUCAAGGACGUACAGUCCCUCUAUGGGUUCUGCAACAGGAGUACGAUCCCCGAGGAGAUGAAAGCUGUCAUUGUGGCGCUACACCCCCUCUGCUAUCCCAGCGUCGAUGCUGGCCCGAGGGAGAGCGUCAGUGUCAGGGAGAUCGAGGACGUCUGGCCCCACAGAUGCGGCCAAUCCAAGGAGAUGCUCGCGCUUGACGAUACCGAGCGUGCAGCUGUCAGCUUCAACAAGAUGCUCUUUUUCGGGUCGGCCUCCGCUGGACACUGCGCUGAUACUAGACUGGGGCUCGCACUGUCCAGGAACUCGUGGCUAAUUUGGGUCGCGUGGGGGGCGGAAGCUGCAGUCGAGGCAGAAGCAAUCAAGUAUCACUCCGACAUGGAAAAGAUCAUUCAUCGCUCGGAGAUCAAGGCCCUUGGAGAUCGCAUCGCAGACGCCCUGAGGACCUCGGACGAGCAGUACACCUGUGAAUUGCUCGGCGGAUACAGGCGUGGGGAAGAAUACUCGCCGGUCAUCAAUAUCAUGAUCUCGCGCCCAUCGUACGUCGUGGACGACCCAUACCUGCGGACGAAGGGGAUCCACCCUUUCGGUCUCAUGGGUGAGAUCAAGCGAGUACUCGAGGACGGCUACAUGCUUCACCCGAAGAAGAUCUUCACUGGAGGCGAAAAGCACAUCAUCGCACUCACGCGGCUUGACUCUGACUCACCUCAUCGGCAGCUCAAUAUCCACCUCUGUCCUACUCAGUCGCUGCCCAAUAUGCGUCUAUGGUAUACCGGUGACCAGCGGCUUGUGCGAUUCCUAAUGUCCGAGGCUCGUCGGGGCGGGAACAUGUUGAGCGAGUACGCCAUUAGCGAUAUGAGCGCGGGGCAUGACCUGACGCGCAUAGGCACGGACAUCAUGGUCAAAGACGAGCAGGAGAUUUUCCAGCUUCUUGGUGUACCUUGGCUUGAGCCAACCGAGCGCUCGAAUGUCAAAUACGGGGAUGCUCUGGCGAUGUUCAACCAGGACAGAUUGGACGAGGCAGUGGCACCGAUGGCUUGA